AUGGGGGUGUAUGGGGGAGCGCUGGGGGAGUGUAUGGGGGCUGGGGAGCCGCCUGGGGGAGUGUAUGGGGGAGUGUAUGGGGGAGUAUGGGGGCGCAUGGGGUAUGGGGGAGUGUAUGGGGAGCCUGGGGAGUAUAUGGGGAGUGUAUGGGGAGCCGCUGGGGAGGUAUGGGGAGCUGGGGGAGUGUAUGGGGGAUGGGAGCGCUGGGGAGAGCCGCUGGGGGAGUGGGGGAGGAGGCUGGGGUAUGGGGGAGUGCAUGGGGGGGGAGGCAUGGGGGAGUGUAUGGGGAGUGGGGGAGCGCUGGGGGAGUGUAUGGGGAGAGGGGGGAGUGUAUGGGGGAGUGUAUGGGGGAGCCGCUGGGGGGAGUGUAUGGGGGAUGAGGGAGCUGGGGGAGUAUGGGGAGCGCUGGGGGAGUGGGGGCUGGGGGAGUGUAUGGGGAGCGCUGGGGGAGUGUAUGGGGAGUGUAUGGGGGGAGUGUAUGGGGAGCGCCUGGGGGAGUGUAUGGGGGAGUGUAUGGGGGAGCCGCUGGGGAGCGCUGGGGGGAGUGUGGGGAGCCGCUGGGGAGUGUAUGGGGAGCUGGGGGAGUGUAUGGGAGUGUAUGGGGAGUGUAUGGGGAGCUGGGGGAGUGUAUGGGGGUAG